AUGGCAGCGGCCGAGCGCGGUUCUACUAGCUCCGCGGGUACCGGCAACACCGCAACUACUGCUAGCGCAACUGCCGCAUCCGAUGCUUCCGGCGGCGCAAAAGGCAAGGCGCAGCCUAAGCUGCCGCGCACUUACACGCACCAGGUUCUUGUGGGUUUUCUAAACGACGUUUUCUCGAGCUGCACGUUUACAACAUGCCCGAACAUACCCGGCAACUUGGUGGAUUUGGUAAAAGAGUCGCCUGCACCCGAGGGUCGCCACAUGCUGGUUCUACGUUUAGAGAAAAAGGGCCUGAUGUACGAAGUUGUGAGACACAACUUUGAUUCGGCGCUUAAAGGAUUCAUCGCUUUAAUUCAAUACACAGGGGGUGCGCCGCCUACGGGCAAGGUAAAUACGAAGGCUGAGGUUCUGGCGAGCGGGUUGGCGUUGGCGUUCCGUAAACACAUGACCUGCCCUACAACAUUAAAUCAGGUGUCGACGUCGAUACUGAAGAGCUUCGUUGACAAGCCGCUGAACCGAGGCGGUUUGUGGGCGUACAUGUCGCUGCCGUGUUUUCUGGGAUCCGAGUCCGCCGACCCGACGACGCUGAAAGAGCGCCGUGAACGCAUCCUCAGCUAUGCGGAGGAGGGUAUGCCUCCCAUCAGCGACAUAACCAUCGUGUCGCUGUUGCGUGUGCUCUUUUACCUCAAGGCCGAGCAGUUUUUACGACCCCUGUGCGCCGUUCUUUGCCAGGAGUACCUGAAGAACUACUCCGACGCGAGUGACCUGAUACACGUGUUUUACUUCGGAAGCUCGUCUGGCGUGUUGUCCGGCGAUUACGUCGCUCGCCAUGUAAACAGCGGUUUCAACACGGUGAACGUGCUUUCGAGCCUGGCCAGCAGUGAGCUCGUGUUAUUGCUGUCUUGCUUCAAGAACGCCUCGGCGCUGGAUAUGCUGCCUUUGCGUAAGGUGCUGAUGAUUUUGACCGAGGCUGUCGAGACGUUAUCAGCGACCUGUGCGCUGUGUCUGCUGUGCGUGCUGGUGAAGUUGGAAUUCAACUUCGAGUCCAGCAGCCACUUUUCUCGGUUGCUGCUGACGGUUCUGGCGAGAUCGUUCGACAACGUGCCGCUGGAUGCUGUUCAGCUGGUGUGCGGCUUGGGUUUCGUGGGCCUGGACUACCCUCACUUCAACCAGGUGCUUGACCACGUGUUGGUGAAAUUCCACCUCAUUGAGCACCGUAACCUGAUUCUCACGGGCGCGUCAUACGCUUUUGCGCACCGUCUUAUGAGUGACGGUGAGCUUCUGAAGCUGGACGCUCCCCGCAGCGAGCACAUCAGUCACUGCUUGGAGUUUUACGUGAAGAACGUGCUUGCGAAAACGAUGUCUGACAACUACCAUCUCGUCGGCUACUACUGCGACGUGUUGGAUGAGAUGUCAACAUUCUCCAGUUCCGCGAAAGGUGCGGAUGGUGCGACUAACACGAAGGCCUCUGCACAGCGGUCUUCCAAAAUUGCCUCAGGUUCCCCUUCGUCGUCGGCCUUUGCAGCGAACCCUUCUAUGGGCGCCCGUUCGUACGGCGAGAUCUCUGCAUCCGUGCACUCGUCUAAGCUGUAUUACUUGAACCUGUUCGAGGACUGCUGCCUUCGUUACGAGGAGCUCGACUUCGAGUCGCUGUGUCUGUUCUUGUUUUCUCUGCUGACCUUCAACAUGGACAUUUCUCCGCUUCACGAGGCGAUGCUGGUGGCGCAGGAUCUCAUGCUGCGCAAGGGUUACAACCCUGUGCAGAUUCAGGUGGUUCCGGCGUCCGAAAUGGACCGUCAGCACGAGAUGUGCUACGCAAUAUUGCAAUAUUCGCAGAACCCUAGUGAUAGCGAUGCUCCGUUGAAAUUCGGCGAUGUACAAUCGCAUUGCGCUCCGCUGCCCGUCGCGGAGGUUGCUGCUCCGGAACCUGCUGCAUCCCCGCCCCCUGAAGCCGAACUGGAAACUACUGCAGCUCCAGCUCCGCCGGCGGAACCCGCUGCAGAGACGCCUGCUGCGCCCUCUACGCCACUGCCUGUCGAAGAGUCCGUGUCGUCAUCAGAGGCCACGCCGACUCCGGUAACCCCAGAAAGAAAACCGACGGAUAUCAAGCCGGGAGACGCGUUGAGCAAAGCGCUGCCUAGUCUGGGCAUAGCGUUGGACGGCAGCACCGACCCGAGUAAACUGACCGUGGAGGGGCUGCUGGGGACUCUCAUGUCGAUAGUGUCGCCCACUGCUGUGCCCAAGGCUCCGGCUUCUAAAAAGGCGUCUAAAAAGUCUAAAGGUGUAGCACGUGGGAAGGCGCCGCCUAAGGCGGCUGAGCCGGUGAAAAAAGCUGUGCAGGAACGAAGCGGCAAGCGCAAGGGUGCGAAGAAGGCGCCCGAGCCCGUUAAGGAGGAGCAGCGUUUACCGCAACCCGAGUUGUCCGCGACCAGCAAGCUGCUGUAUGCGAUUCGACGUGAGUACCGCUACCGGGCGCGUUUGGUAAAACACCGCGUAUCGAUUAGUUACUCGUUCGAGAAGGUCCAGGGGCGUGCUAGGUGA